ACAGAAACAAAACCCCUGCUUCGUCUAAAAGACCGAAGAAAGCAGCAAAGCAAUUGGGGUUUGGUGGCGAAGGAAGGAAUGGAGCAGAGAAUGGCGAACACGUGGCGGAUGACGGUGAACGAGAAGAAGUUCAUCGAGACGGCAUUGGAGUCGGGGCUCCGAAUCGACGGCCGGCGUCCCUUCGACUACCGUAAGCUCGAAAUCAAGUUCGGGAAGGACGAGGGCUCCGCGGAGGUCCACCUCGGCCAAACUCAUGUGAUGGCCUUCGUCACGGCCCAGCUCGUCCAGCCCUACCGGGACAGGCCCAACGACGGCACCCUCUCCAUCUUCACCGAGUUCUCUCCCAUGGCCGACCCUUCCUUUGAGCCUGGCCGCCCCGGCGAGUCCGCCGUCGAGCUCGGCCGCGUUAUUGACCGCGGUCUCAGGGAGAGCCGGGCAGUUGAUACAGAGUCGCUUUGUAUUCUCUCUGGGAAAUUAGUAUGGGCUAUUCGUGUUGAUCUCCACAUUCUAGAUAAUGGAGGGAAUCUUAUUGAUGCUGCUAAUAUUGCUGCACUGGCUGGUUUGUUGACGUUCCGGAGGCCUGAGUGCUCAUUAGGGGGAGAAAACGGUCAGGAAGUCAUCAUACAUCCACCCGAGGAGAGAGAGCCACUUCAUCUAAUAGUACAUCAUCUCCCUAUUGCAGUAACGUUUGCAUUCUUCAGUUAUGAGAGCAGUGUGGUUAUAGAUCCAACCCACCAUGAAGAGGCUGUUAUGGGGGGACGAAUGACCGCUACACUUAAUUCUAAUGGUGAUGUUUGUGCCAUUCAGAAGGCUGGAGGGGAGGCCAUCUUGCAGGGUGUUAUAAUGCAAUGUUUGCGAAUUGCUGCUGCCAAGGCUGGUGCCAUCUCAGAUAUGAUAAAGAAAGAGGUUGAUUCAUAUAACACAAAAAGAGCAUUACUGAAGAUCAAGCGUCAUUCUACUCCCAGGGAUGUAGAUAGAGGUGCUUCUGACAUAGGGCUGAAACAGAACUCCUCUGUUGACCAGAUGAGAGUUGAUGAAUUUUCAGGGCAUCAUGUGCAGAGAAUAAAGCAGGAGUGUGAGGAAGGCAUUGCCAAGCAAAGCAGGGAUGUUGAAAGUGAAACUAAAUUGUCAGACAAAACGCAAACUAACAGGAGUAAUGAGGAUACAAAGAAUUUCAUUGGAGGCCCCUCAAGUUGGGAUCCUUACUCUGUGGGUGUUGAUUCAGAUUCCUUGAAAGCUUCUCUAGCUUCCCAAGGUAUGCAAAUGCCUAUUGAGAAACAAAAGGACUCAAAAGGUGAGGAAACAAGAAGUGAAGCCAAGCCAGAGGAUGCUCCUGAAAAUAACAAUCCAAAGACUUCACCCCUUAGGGAAGCUGAAUCUGCCGAACGAGCAAAUGGAGAGAAAACCCUAAAGGAUGCUGUAAAGGCGAAGAACAGGAAAUCCAGGAGAAAGAGUCACUCCUCUUCUGGUCCUAGCUAGAUGAACUUCUGCUCAUGGCAUAUACUUCAGGUACUGCUAUUAUGCCUGGAACUCAUGGCAAAACUAGUUCAAGCCCGUACAACUGCAGAUUUAUGCUACGGUGAGUCAUUUGAGAUAUGAUAGAUGAUUGUCUACAUUCAAGGCAUGGCUUGACUAGAUGACUUCUACCCAGAAAUCUGUUCUCACUGUUGGUCAAAGCUCCUGAAUUUGCUUCUAGUGCAGUUUGGGUUGACUCGCCAGUUCACAGUUUGCAGAGGAUUGGUAUAUUUUUAUUUGUUUACCCUUUCAGUUGUGCAAUGCAAAUUGUACAUGAAAAUGCUAACAUAGUUGCUCAAAUUUUGUUUUUGACAGGAAAAUGAUAAUUUCCUUUAAUUCCUUUUAUUUUUAUGUGAUUACCAAUAUUCAUGU